GUCAUACGUUAGCCGAAUAUUAUAGAGCAUUUGAACGAAAUUAAAGAUCUUUUUCGGAAAUUAGUUCUAUUUGGUGAGUCCGUGAAAGUGUUAGCGUAACGCCGUAUUUUUAACACGAAAAAAUCAUUAAGAAGUGACGUCAAACACGCGCUGCGACUGCUUGAACAGACGAGUGGCAUGACGAUCGACUGAUCAGUGAGCAGUGCGAACCAAAAACAAACGAACGAGCGAUCGACAAACGCCCACCGCGCAUAUCAUAUAUAUAAUAUAUGUGUGUACUUUAAGAGCGCUCUUCGCCUUGGCACACCAUACACACAUAUACGAACAUUUGAGCAUUAAUAUACAUAUGUACAAGCACCUCUUCGUACGUUUGGUGGCGAAGCUUUAAGGCAGCCGUAGUGAACGCGUAAAGAAACGAAAGUUUUUCAUUUUCUUCGCUGUUUUGGACGGCAUAGAGCAUACAGACGAGAAGCAUUGCUUGGCGGCGCGCUAUCGUUAUCGUUUCGAGUUUUCGCUUCACAUUUGUUGUGCGCGUAUUGCUCUUAACCGUUUGUUGUUUGUUUUGCGCACAUUGCGUUGAGCACCUUUUCGCUUUUUUUCUUCACUUUUUCCGACGCUUCGCUGGUCGGUGCGACGCGACGCGAUUUUUGAAGCAGCACAACUGAUCGCACGAAGUUAGCGGCGCGGCAACCGCGCGCGUUCAGAGAAUUUCUCUAAAUAAACGCAACACGGUGGUGCAGUUCAGUAACGCGUAAAAAUUUCACUGCAACGGUUUGCUCCGCCAACGGCAACGGAUGACAACUGAUAUGAGCGACGAUUAGAGGAAAGAAACAACUUUUUGAAAACAGUACACAUAUGCUGAAGUAGAUAAAAUUCGAAAACAAAACAGUAUAUUUAAAAAUAACUUUUUAAAGUAUUCACGACAUUGCAGUGAGUAACAGGCGAGCACAAGUAAUAUCAGUGUUUAUUUGAUUUGUGAAAUGUGCUAAAGAAAAAUAUAGCAGUGAGUGUGCACAAAAACAGUGAGUAGAGACGCAGAAGAACACAUACGAAGAAUAUCGCACAAUUACACCACAAACAAAAAGAAAACGAGCAAGGAAUUAACGCGCGCAUUUCUGAUCCUGCCAAUUGUCGCUCAACUUCCUGCCAAUUUUCCGUUGCGUAUACGUCUAGGAGUGCGCUCAACGCCAGACACAACUUCUGCUUUCAAAAUAACAGAGUUAGUUACAAAAAAAUCAUAAACAUGUCACAUCAAUGCAGUUGCGGACGCGAUCUCAACAACAACUACGUGUCCUACACAAGCGCCUACGCCAACGGCAGCUCCAGUCUGGAUCGUGAGACGAGCAGCAGCCUUUCGGGUAGCGGCAGCAAGUCAGCCAUAUCUGGCAAGACCACACAACUAACAGCGAAAGUGAUGUUCGGCACAGUGGGUGCCAUUAAGGAUCUGCGCGAGAAGGAGAAGUCCCGACAUGCGACAACGCGCGCCAGCGAUCGGCGCAACUGAGCGUAAGUGUGCAGCGACUGAAGGGGUUAUUGGCUGGGUGUUGGGUGAGCAUGCGCAAGGAUACGAAACGUGGCUUAUGCAAGUAAAGUGUUAAAAGGAGUUAAGGCAGCGGGGUCAAUGCAAGCAGACGAGGUAUGGUUUAAAACGUAGUAAAACGCGGCAGCAGCGUCUCUUCUUGGACUAUGUAUAGUGAUGUAAUGCGUUGGUGGGGCGCCGAUGCGGUUGUGGCUGAUGAAAUGUAGAGCGGUUGCGCGUCUUCAACAGGUGUAUGUUACACGUAAUCAGGCAUUGCGUGGUCCUCAACAGCGACGAUCCGAAAUUUCUGGAAAACCAUAUCUGCAAAUGUGUCGACGCUACAACUUUUCAAAACAAAUAUCUAGUAAACUAUUUAUUUGCAUGUAAGUGGGUAAUUUAAGUGUUUUAGCGCCUUGGAGAAUUUUGCUCAUGCUACGUUAGAAAUCAAUGUAAAUAUUUACUUAUCAAUUUAAAUUCAUAGUAACAAUUUAUUUAUACUAAGUGCACACUGUGAAAAUUUUUAGCACAAUAAUUUUUGUUGUGCAACAAUUCAUAUAUAUGGUACAUACAUGUGUAUAUCUGCUACGGAAACACUUAAAUGUUGAAACCAAAAUAUUGUAUAUUAUGCGAUAAUCUAAUAUAAUUUAUUAGCUAUAAUUUUACACUUUCCAAAAGCAAUUUUUUUUUACAAAUGAAUUAUUAAAGCAGUUGAAACUGACAUUAAAUCAAAAUUUUUAUUUAGAACUAUUUUGUUGAUUAAAUUUUUUUUAAAUAAGUUAUUUUAUUUGUUUUAUCUAAAAAGGUAUAACAGUUUAAAAAUGUUUUAUACAUAUAUAUGCAUAUAAUAUUUUUUAAUUUUCAUAGCUUUCUUCAAUAUUUAAUUUCACCCCUUUUUUACUUAUUUCUUUUUUAUUAUUUAUAUAUAUUUUUCUUUGAAAGCAGUGAAAAUGUUACUAGAUCUAGCUCUCAAUAUAUUAUAUGGAAAUUUAUUUUUGAAUAUUUUCUUUGAAAAAAUUUUGAUUUUUAAUUAAAAAGCUACUUAUUUCAUGUUGUUUAAUGUAUUUUUUAUUUUAUUACUUUUUAUUAUUUGUUUAUAUUUAAAAAACAAUAAAAAUAUUGCUUUACCCUUAUACAAUCAUAAUUUUGUUUUCUUUUUUUAUUCUUUUAUGUGCUAUCUGAUAUAUAGGAACAAACAUAUAAUUGUAUUAUAAAUAUAUACGUACACAUAUACAUAGCUUAAUAUCUGUUAUAAAUAUUUUUAUAAUUUUCAGCAAUAGUUUUCUCUCUGAGAAAUAAUUCUACAUUCAUAAUUUCAUAUAAUGUGUGUAAUAUGAGAAGAACUUAUGUUCAUUUUCAAAAUUUAUAUAGAGAUUUAAAGCGUUUUACAUUUUAAACAAAUUGGUUAUGUUAAAAAUUUUAGUGGAAUUGUAAAUUCUAAAAAUUUUGGUAUAGAAUGUUGUUUUACAAAAACCAGCACUUUGAAUUUAAGCUAUUUAUCAUAUAGAAUACUGUCGAUACGCCACUUCUAUUCUCUUUUAACUUUUCUCUUAAGCGAUAAGCUUAACUUCGAAUAUGGCAUUGUAAGAAAGAUUUGGUAGAAUUUCUAAAAAAAAUUGUAUUGAAACAAAUUUGAAAUCAUAAUAACAACUUUUUAAUAAUAAAAAUAUCAGAUUAAUGAAAUGUAUUUUUGUAUAUAUUAUCAUAAAAUGCGCAUUUGAUUAUUCAGUAUAGAUAUACUUCAAAACCACAAAGUAUAUUUUCAAAAUCAUUUAAAAUAAAAAUUACGAAAUUAGAUAAAUCUUAGUUCAUGGGUUCAAGAUAUUAUGAAUAUAAAAUAUAAAACAACAAAUUUGCAAAUUUUUUUUACAGAAAUCAUUUUUUAUAAGAAAAACUAUUUUUCGAACAUUUUUUAAAUUUUUUAAAAUUUUGUAAAGUAUCAAUAUUUAUAUCAGGGCUUUGACGACAAUUUUAAUAAAUGGUAAUACCUUCCACUAAUAGAAUAUUAAUAUAGUUUCGAAUAGUAACAGGCAUUCGAAUGCUAACAAAUUACUGAACAAAAUUUGGAGUAUUGGAUGCGUAUCUAAUCAAUAAAAUUUCAGCAAAUAUACAUUUUAUUAUUUAGAAAUGUUUUUUGGAUUUUCGCUUUAUAUCAAGCGUUAAGCUGGAGCUGAUUUAUUUAGUGUUUGCAUAAGCCGAAUAUUCGAUUAAAUGAAGAGAGAUGCUAUAUUUAAUAUCACUUUUCUUUGCAAUAAAUUUAUAACUUUUGUAAAAAAGCAAUUCUUAACGUUGAAAAAUUUUUGUUUAAAUAUCAAUUUUAUGCACAAAUUUUUAUUAUUUAGCUUAUGAGCUUUGCCUUCAAUCAUGUAUGUAUACUUGCCACUGUUUAUUCUUCUUCCAUAAGUUCUUAUCUUUCUCGGUGGUUAUCUUUAAACGAGUUAAACGAGUGUUGCGCUUUGAUAAGACUUUGAAUAUAAUGUUGGUAACAUUAUGAUAUUAAUACAAGAGUUGGUUUAUUAUUUGUUUUGAGAUCAAAAUCAACAAUACAAGUAUAUUUAUAUAAGUGAGUAGUUUUUAGAAUAGUCGCUUGGAAAAAGUAUGUGUGCAACGAAGGUCUGUUGUUUAGAAAGUUGUAUACAGAUCAGAUAGUGAGCUGUAUGACUUUAUGAAGAUCAUAAAACUGAUAAAUUUGUAGAGCGUUUAGUUCAAAUUCCUUUUUUUAGACCACUUUUAAAUAUUUAUUGAUAUAACCAAAAUAUGCUUCUUUAAAAAAAAUGUGUAUUACAUGUUACGUUAUCUUACAAAAAUAUAAUAGGAUUUUAAAAGAAAGAAUGUUAAAAGGAAACCUUUUAUUUUCGUAAAUUGUCAAUUAUUUACUGUCAACAUAACUUGUUUUAAAUUCUGUUGCUUACAUUUCAUACCAGUGUACUUAUUUAAGACACCAUUAUACCCUGAAGAGGGUAUAUUUAGUUUGCCAGGAUGUUUGUAACAUCAAAACAAAAAAAAAACCUUGGGGAACCCUAUAAGGUUAAUCAGAAUUAAAUAACUAAUUUAUUUUUAUUUUUUACUCAAACACAAUAAAUACAUACAAAUGUGUUUGUUAGUAAAUAUUAUACUUUUAAACUUACUUUUUGUAUUUAUAAACACAACUGCUCUUAUUUAAGUUUGGUCAAUUUCUAGUAAUCAACAAAAUUACGGUGUGUUAAAAAUGAUCAUAUACACAUAUGUUCAUAUAUAAAAAUCUAUGCAAUUAUAUAUAAAAAUUUUAUUAUAUGUAUAUGUAAUUAAAAUAUUCGUUCAAGAUAAAUAUUUGUUAUGUAAUUAUAUUCAAUUAUGCUUGCGAAGGUCAGUAGGUUGUUAAAUAAAAUGUUACAUAAAUUAUAUAUUUAUAUAUAUUUGUUCUUAUUUAAAAACUAAAGCAAAUAUGCCACUUUAUAAAUAAAAGUAAUUAAUUGUAACAUAUACAUAUAUGUACAUUACUUGCAUCUUAUGCAAAAUAAAAAAUCAAAAACAUAAAUAUGUAUAAAUAAUAUAUUUUAAGUUUGUUUUGUAAAACUAUGCAAUACCAAGCACAGAGAGCCUUAAAAACCUGAUUCCAAAAUAUUAUUUUAUUUUUGGCUACAUAUUUAAGCUUAAGAUUCAUAUUCAAAUAAAUAUUAUAAUAUUUAAAUAUUUUUCAUAUAAAUAUGAAGAAUAGGUUAGUAGCAUGUGCAUAGCAAGUGGUUUUGUGAAAAACAUCGAUAGAAGCGCAAUUGAAUGUUUCAAAUUAAAUUAUAAAUGUGCACAAAAAUUUAAGUUAGUUAAAAUAUUAUAUACCAUAUAUACUUUGAAUAUAUUAGCACAAUUAAUAUUCACAAUAUUUUAUAUGAAAAAUAAAUCAACAAGAGUUAUACAGUUUAACAAUAAAGAAAACCAAA